GUGGUGUGGGUUCUAUUUAUCUCAGACGUAUGUUUACAAAUUCAGUUUCUGAGUGUAUAUGUAUGCGUGUGUAUCCACAGCGUUUAUGUCAAAUAUCAAGCCGGAGAAAAUUUCGACGGUCAGUUUCUAGCCAAUCCUUGAAACUUUCGGUAGCUUUUGGUUUCUUUUCAGUUAUAGUAGUUGUUCAAUUUUCCGUAUUUGCGAGCAUAUCGAACUUUGGUAUUCUGUAGUCUAUAAAAAUGGCAAGUGUUGCGUCUGAUUCACCGGUCCGUCGUUUUGCUACCAAACAAAAGAAAGAAAAUUCGCCAGUUGAGCUGAACAGACUGAAAAAUUUGUUAAAAAAGAAGGUCGGGGAUGAUGGUGGCGGGAAUGGUAGUUUGGCAUCGCACAAGAAAACUGCAACACCUAGGAAAGAAAUAAAAUUCAAGCGCAGCACGGUCGUGAGGUUGUGCUCUUCUUGUGCUAAUCGCAAUAAGGAUCACUUUAAACUGAAAAAUGACGGAGAAAUGAAGAAAAAACGUACUGUCAACAAGAAGAAUACCGAAAAUCAAGAACAAGAUCCGAAUCCCAUUACUGAUAACAAGAACGCUAUCAAGAAGCCUGCGGCCAAAAAGCCCAGGGAAACAAAGAGAAAAACCGGUGCACAAGAUGAAACACUUGACAUGCCGUCAAUAAGCGGCACCGCAUCGGGCAUGACGGGAAAUGCCGUGACUACCGACAGCGUUCACCAAACGGAAGGUGAAUCAAAGCUAAAAAGUAAACGCAAAAAAGUAAACGCGUCUGUUCAAUUGGCAAAUUCCGUGGUUGAGAAGAAAAAAAAAACGAGCGUUAAAGCUAAACGCAAAGAUAUUAUCAAAGUGAAAGUAGCUCAACCAAGAAAAGUAGUUAAAAUGUUGGCAGCUAAUAAUGAAAAGGCUCCGUUUGAUAAUGUGGAUCCGACAGAUUCAGUUCAUUCCAUCCCUCAAAGUAAAGAAACCAUGCAAAGUUUAAAGUUUGAACCGCAUCCCGCUUUAAACGAUUUGCUAACCAAUGAACAUAAGCCCUUAGUCCAUUCGCCAGAAUCGAAUAAAAAGAAGAAAAACAAGAAUUCCGCUAUGAGUAAAAUCCUUAGGCCAAUAAAUACAUCUAAAAAGAAUCCAAUGGAGAGGAAGAAGGCGUUGUUCAAAGAUACGGAUGUAACAGAUUUAGUCGAUUCUACUCAUCAAGAAGAAGCGAUCAUUGAAAAAAGAGAUGAUGCAAACACGAAAGGUGAUGCAAAUGAUAUCUCCAUAGGUUUACAGUCAAGUAGUAUGUUCGAAAAUAAUUCAUCAGUAAACAUUCAAACGAGAAAAAAACUGAUUAAUUUCUGCAGUAACCUUGAAGCAGAUAAAGGAGAAGGAUUUCUAAUGAACGAUACGGUAAAAACUCAAGGAGAUAAAUCCACAUCAACAAAAUCAAACAACUUAACUGAGGGGGAUUCUUCUAUAACUCAUAACAUAAGUAUUGACGUUAUACGAAACCAGGAAGUACAAAAUCGUGAUGGAGUUCUGUAUGAUUUCGACUUUGACAUUAGUGACAAUCCCUUGCAAAUGAUUACAGAAAUAGAUACGGGUGAGAAGAUCAAUUUAAGCGCAUCAACAGACUUGUCGCAGGACGACAUAGCUGUGGGAAUGUCAAUGAAUAUUUCCAAUAAGACAAUUAAUAAUACUGGUGAAAAUAUGCACUCCAGUAUUUAUCGUGAUGCUACAUUUCUCAAAAAACAUCUCCCAAACGACACAGUUGAACAAAUAAAUAAAAGAAUUGCUACAGUCACUCAAAGGUCUAAAGCAUCUGGAAAAAAUAAAAAUAAUAUGAAUGUUGAUCAAAAUAUCAGUUCUGAAGGGAUUAUAUUUUUUAGUCAUAAAGAUUCAAAAGAUACUAUGACGGAUUCAGCUUUUAAGAAAAAUGACGAAAUAUUUUUCGAUGAAAACCAACAACCAUCUACAGCUGGUACUAAACAUUCAACACCGACAAAGCGAAAUCCUGUAGAUUACGAUGAGAACAGCAAAACUUUACCACGUACACGAUUGAAGUCGGAUGAAUCGAAAUCAAAGUCAAAAGCAUUCAAAGUUUUAGAAUCAACUGUAAAAAACACAAAGUUAUCGAAGCAAGACAAAUUACCGAAAAAAGCAAACGAGGAAAAGUUGCCAGCACCGUCGCCGCCAAAAACGAAGAAAAAAUCAAAGAAAGAUGAAACAAUCAAAAAAUUUACAACAAAAACAACAGAGAAAAAGAUAGUCAAAUCUACCGAUAAGGAGAAUCUAAACAAGAUAAUCUCAAACUACAAUUUGAGAUCAAAUACAAGAAAAUAUGAAUUGAGAUCCUAUAAUCCUAAAGUUUGAACGUUAUUGUUAGUAAUAUCUAGUUGAUUGAUUUUAAAGGUUAAUGUUGUAUUCAUUAUUAAAUUUUUGUUCUUUUUAUUAGGGCUUUCAACAAGUUAAUAUUAGAAUAAUUUAUUAAAUUGUGAACUAGGAGUAAAAAAAUGUCUAUGUUUUUAUAUAAAUUUGAAUAUUUGUAGAGUUCGUUUGAAAAUGUUCAAUGAUUGAUGCAUAGGACGUUUAUAUCGUAAAUGUAGUUGUUCUGAAAUGCUGACUCAUAAAGUGGAGAUGAUUGUAAAAAACGAACGAUUUGAAUUGAGUUGAUCUCGAAGCUUACAAUUUUAAAUAUGUUCAUUGACUUUUAGGAUACGAUUGAUUUGUAUGUUAUUUUUUUACAACUAUAUGUGUACACUUAUAAUUAAAGUGAAUUUGUCAUACUUUAUUGAUUACUAA